CUCUGCUAACAUGUGCUGGUGCGCAUUUUUGAAGUAUUUUAAAUGGAGUUUGUGGUGCCUAUAACACACCACGUGUAGGUAGUUUGAAUAGUGACAGGAAAUGUAGCACAGUUUACUAGUGGGUAGCAUGUAUGCUUCAGUUCUCAGGUCCUAGAUUUAAAUCUGCAUUAUUAAAGACUCUAAAAUGUCCAUAGGUGUGGUUGGAAGUAGUUUCUCUCCAUGUUCCCAAGACUGGCUGGCAACCAGUCCAAAAUUUGUUGCUUCUCACCAAAAAUCUCACUGGAUUUUGGCGGUUGGUGUCCGGAAACAUUCAACUGUAACGUUUCACUUAAACAAUAGACCUAUUUUUAAUAGGAACCAUAUUAAUUUUUGGCACAUAAAAUCUACAUACGCUCCAAUUGGAGGUUCUGCCUAACAAAAAUAAUAAACCCGCUCCCCACAUAUUACUCUAAUAGUACAGCGGAACCUCCCAAGUCAGCCUCAAGAAAUUCAAUUUUGAGUCCAGACUUAAAACAGUUUUGGCCGGAAGACCAAACAAACACAGGAACCUUUCUGUAAACGAGUACAAUUUGAGUAUAAAAUAACCAGUUUAAAUUAGCUAAUGCUAAUUAAACUAGCUUGUACCUCAAAUCUGAAAAGCCUGAUGAAUAGCUGUUUAAAACAAAACGAGACUCCGGUUCCUCUCAGUUGUCUUCAAACAAGUGGUUUUACUUUGUUUUAAUAUCAAAGUUUAUAAAACAUUGCGAGGUGACAGUGUUAGCUAGUUGACAAGCACCUUCCUGAUCGUUCAGUCAAAAGGUAAGUACUUUUGACUUUUAUUAGGCGAGUCAUUUUUAAAAUAUCGUUAUAUGUAUUAUAGUAAUUUGGGAGGGAGGAAAUUUUGUCUUGUAGUGAACAGUCUUUUAUUGCCAAACAAUUCAUGAAAGGGUGAGUACCGGUACCGUGGCUAGAAUUGGAAAAAUUAAAAUCACUUUUUCAUGUGUAUUUUCCUCCAAAACCAAAUCUGUAAGGCAUUCUUCAAAGGUAAUAUAACCUUUACUUGAUAUUAACUCAUUGACGUCAAUAGAUGUCCAUUUAGACUGAGAGUGAUCAUGCCCAAAAGACCAAAUUCUGUCCCACUUGGGAGGUCCCACCGAGAAAGCAAACAUUUCUAACCAUAAAGCACCGAAGCUUUAAGUACAGCAAGUCUUUCUGAAUAUUGUCAUAGGUUUAACACGUUUUGGCAGUAUUGUCGCAACCAUAGUGUGCUCCUGCCAUGAGGUAAAAUGCGGCUUUAGGCUUUUUUGUCCCAGUCUACCAGUGUCUGGACUGAACCAGCUCGUCUCGUAGGCUGAGCCUCUUGAGGGUCUCGUAGCCCACCACAAUGAGCACCGAUGUGGGCGUGGAGGAGAUGAUGCGGGCCGACAGACCCUUGGUCAUGGCGCCAACGCCCUCCUCCGCCAGUAGUUGCUUGAAGGUCUCCACCACCGACGAGCGGCCCUCCACCUGCGCCACAACCAACGAUAACGAUGGAUAACUUAUUUACAAGACAUUCCCUCAGAAGCGCACCCGUAUCGCCAUUUAAUUGACACGCUGUCAGAUGAGGGGAGCCUCAAGUUCUUUAACCCGCACAAAUUCAAUGAUCCAAGAUAUGCCAAGCUGCCUCUAUCCAUCCGCGUCUUACUGGAAGCAGCAAUCCGGAACUGCGACGGCUUUUACGUCAAAGAGGAGGACGUCCAGAAUAUUUUGGAUUGGGAGAAGCAGCAGGCUUCGGCCGAGGUGCCGUUUGCGCCAGCGCGGGUUCUCCUGCAGGACUUCACUGGGAUCCCAGCCAUGGUGGACCUGGCCGCCAUGAGGGAUGCAGUGGUCAAACACGGCGUGGACCCUGGCCUAGUUAACCCUAAAUGCCCCACAGACCUCAUUGUGGACCACUGUCUGCAAAAAGACUACAGCAAAUGCGCCGCACAGAACACGCCAAACCCCGGCGGAGGGGAAGGCACUUCUCGACCGACCCCUUCCAAGCCUCUUCCGAGAAGCGGCUCACACUGCGGAAGUCAGCGGGGCUCCUGUAGCAAAGCGGCCUGCCAUGACCCUACUUCGUCAGCGGGGGGGCGACCUCACGCUUCGGUGCAGCAAAUCGAAAACACGCCGCUCCUAUGCCCUUUCCACCUUAAACCGGUUUCAGAAGCUGAUACGUCGGUCAAGAAUCAGGAAAUGGAGCUGACUAGAAAUAAAGAAAGGCUUCAAUUCUUUAAGUGGUGCUCAAAAGCCUUCAAGAACGUAAACGUGGUUCCCCCGGACGUCGGCGCCGUCCACCAAAUCAAUCUGGAGUAUCUUUCUCGAGUAAUCCAGGUCCGUGGUGGAUUCAUCUACCCUGACAGCGUGGUGGGCACGGACUCGCACACAACUAUGAUCAACGGCCUCGGCAUCCUGGGCUGGGGCGUUGGUGGAAUCGAGUCAGAAGCAGUGAUGCUGGGGCAGCCGGUAUCUCUGACCCUUCCGCAAGUGGUGGGCUGCAAAUUGGUGGGCUCCAUUAACCCAUUAAGCACCUCUAUAGACGUCGUCCUCGGCAUCACCAAGCAUUUGCGGCAAGCCGCUAUCGCCGGGAAAUUUGUCGAGUUUUUUGGACCCGGUGUAUCACAGCUGUCGGUUCCCGACCGGACCACUAUUGCCAACAUGUGCCCCGAGUACAAUGCCACUGUCAGCUUUUUCCCCGUCGACCAGGUCACCAUUAAGCACUUUAAAAACACACAUUUCUCCCAAGAAAAGCUGGAGUUACUUGAGUCCUAUCUAAAAGCUGUAAUGCUCUUCAGAACCUACGAGGACUCCAAGGAAGACCCUCAGUAUUCCGAAGUGAUUGAAAUCAACUUGAGCACCAUGGUGCCGCACGUGAGCGGGCCCAAAAGGCAGCAGGACCGCGUGGCUGUCUGUAGCAUGAAGGAAGGAUUUCAGAGUUGUCUCGACGACAAGUUGGGCCCAAGAGGCUUUAAUAUUGCCAAGGACAAGCAAGACAUCAGGGUGCCCUUCCUGCACGCGGGUCAGGAGUACCAGCUGGCCCACGGCUCGGUGGUGGUCGCCGCCGUCAUCAGCUGUACAAAUAACUGCAACCCCGCUGUCAUGCUGACGGCAGGCUUGCUUGCCAAGAAGGCGGUGGAGGCGGGUCUCCUGGUUAAGCCUUAUAUCCGAACCAGCCUAGCGCCAGGAAGCGGCAUGGUCACGCAUUACCUCAACGCCAGUGGAGUGCUGCCCUAUUUCAGCCAGCUGGGCUUUGAAGUGAUCGGCUACGGCUGCGCCACGUGUGUGGGAAACACGGCGCCUCUGCCAGAGAAUGUCGUGGAUGCCAUCAAACAGGGCGACCUGGUGGCUUGCAGCGUGCUCUCCGGCAACAGGCACUUGGACGGCCGACCGUGCGACUGCAUACGCGCCAACUACCUGGCCUCGCCGCCCUUCGUGGUGGCGUACGCCAUCGCGGGCACCGUGGGCAUCGAUUUUGAGAAAGACCCUUUAGGCGUUACUUCGGACGGGAAGGAGUUGUACCUCCGUGACGUCUGGCCGUCCAGGGAGGAGGUUCGACGGACGGAGGAGGACGCCGUCAUCUCCUCUGUUUUCAAGGAGCUCAAGGCAAGAACGGAGAAAGGAAACACGUUCUGGAACAGCAUCGAUUGUCCCGAGUCUGUCAUUUUCCCCUGGGAUGCCAAAUCCACGUACAUUCGCUCGCCGCCAUUUUUCAGCAAAUUAAGUAAAGAAGUCCCGCCCCUCCAGUCGAUAGAAAACGCGCAUGCCUUAUUGUUCCUCGGCGACAAGGUGACAACAGACCACAUCUCACCCGCCGGAAGUAUCGCCAGAGUUAGCGCCGCUGCCAAGUACCUGCUCAGCAAAAGGUUGACUCCUCGGGAGUUUAACUCUUACGGCUCACGGCGGGGUAACGACGCCGUGAUGACCCGAGGGACGUUCGCCAGCAUCAAGUUGCAGAAUCGACUGGUGGGAAAAGCGGGGCCUAAAACGCUACACGUCCCCUCGGGGCAAACGAUGGACGUGUUCGAGGCGGCCGAGCGCUACCAAAAAGACGGCGUUCCGUUAAUCAUCCUGGCCGGGAAGGACUACGGAUCGGGAAACUCCCGCGAUUGGGUGGCCAAAGGACCUUACUUACUGGGGGUCCGCGCCAUCAUUGCGGAGAGUUUCGAGCGCCUGCACAAGAAGCAGCUGGUGGGCAUGGGCAUCCUGCCCCUGCAGUUUGCGCCAGAGCACAACGCCGACACGCUGGAGCUCAGCGGCGCCGAGAGGUUCGCCGUCGACUUGCCGCAACGCCUCGCGCCCCGCCAGCAGCUCACCGUCAAGACGGACAACGGCAAAAGUUUUGAUGUCACGGCCCAGUUGGACGACGACCUGGACGUCAUCUUUCUCCAGCACGGGGGGCUCCUGAGAUAUGUGGCGCGGACAAUGCUCUGAGACUACUUUUUGACGAAUGGACGUUGCUCAAAAUUAGCUCUUUACGAGACUUUUUUUUUUUUUUUGGACUCAAGUUGCCUGCGAUUAGUUGGACUUUUGUCACAAUAAAGUAAAAAAUAUUGCUGUGAUACGUCACCGCAAAAACUUUUUGUUUGUACUAAGUCCAUGUUUGUCAACUAAACGUAAUUUCAGCCCAG